AUGGCUUUUGAUUUUGUGUCCUCUAGUAUUAUAAAUGGUGGAAAUGAAGAAACUAUCGAUAAUGAUGCUGCUACAAUCGAAGGGCCUUCUGAAAAUGAACCACUCCAAAAAAAAUACAGGAGGAAGACUUCGAAAGUUUGGGAUGAUUUGGAGACAAUAUAUGAAAAUGGAAAAAGAAAGGCCAAGUGUAACCAUUGUAAAACAAAUCUUUCUUUGGGUCGAGAGGCUCCCACAACUCAUCUUAAAAGGCACUUAGAAACUUGUCCAAUUCGUCAAGCUUCUGUUUCUGGCCAAAAGAAAGGACUUACUCAACAAUUAUUGGCUCUCUCCUUAACUACUUCCGAUGGGUCUGGUGGGUUGGCAGCUUAUAAGUUUGACAAGGGGAAGGUUGUUGAAGAGAAUGAGUUUAUGAAUGAAGAUAGCCUUGAGGAAAACAGCUUUUGA